AUGGGGUUCGUCCUUGGCGAGAUCAUGGGGCCUGCGACGUUUGCAGGCGGCUGGGCCUUCUUGAUGGCAUAUACUGGCGUCGUUUAUCUCAUCUCGGUUGAGUACUCCCGACUGAUUGCCGGUGUGCUGGAGCCCCCGCCUGUAAGGGCCCAGCGCUGGGCUCUUUUCCUUGUAAGUGCCUCCAUCCUCCUCGCUGCCCACUGCAGAGUGCUUACCGGCAUCUUUGAAUGUGCCGCGGUCACUCUACUGGUUCUGCUCUUGCUGCUCCAAGGAAACAUUACGAUGCCAGAUGGCUCAUCACCAAUUUCGUUUUCUCACAUCGCUUCCCAAGUUUUCGGCGUGUUUUACGUCGGCUACUUGCCAUCCUUCUGGGUUCGCUUGCGCGCCAUCGGUCCUGCUCUACCCAGUGGUGCACCAACAGGCUUCCUGACUGACUUUGUCCGCCUUAUCCGAUGGCCCCUUGAGCGCAGUGUCGGUUGCUGCGUCACGGUCUCUUGCGUGCUGUGUAUCAUCGCAGCAGAUUCCUGUGCCUAUUUUGGAGGCAAGCACUUUGGCAAACGGCCGCUCAUCGUGGUCAGUCCAAACAAAACGCAAGAGGGAGCCUACUGUGGUUUGUUGGGCUCUGUUCUCAUGGCGCUCCUUUGCGACAAGGCGUGGGGUUUCCCGUCCGACCCACUCAUCUCCGGGCUGGUCGGAGCACUCAUCUUCUGCGCGAGUCUUUUGGGAGACUUGGUCGUUUCUGCUAUGAAACGAGAUGCUCAAGUAAAGGACACAGGAUCACUCAUUCCAGGGCACGGUGGCAUUUUGGACCGCUUUGAUUCCUACUUCUUUGCUGCCCCUGUCGCAUACUUCUGCUGGUACGCCUACUUGAAGUAUCACAGCAACUUGCCACCUUCUCUGAUUCGUUUCAAGUCCUAG